CCGAGUCCUGACCCGGUACCGGCCGACCCGCAGAGGUUUCCGGACUCCAACAUGGCCUGGAGGAGCUGCUCGGUCCUCUUCAGACCCACCGUAGGAGACCCGUUCCGGAGGGGGAGCAGGUGGCCUCACAGCUUCCAGCAGAGAUGUGGCUUCAGAAAAGUUUCCAAAAAAACAGAACCCAAGAAGGUGGAGGAUCCUGUCCCCGCCCACAGAGAGCUCGCCGAGGCUGUCGUCCAGCGCCGGACCCUUACACCUAAGCUGGACCAGCAGACCCCCCUCGGCUCCCCGCAAGCCUUCAGCCGGCUCGUCAGGCCGUUCUUCUUCACAGUGGGGUUUACAGGCUGCUCCUUCGGCGCAGCGGCCAUCUGGCAGUACGAGUCGCUCAAGUCUCGAAUCCAGGGCUACUUCAACGAUGUCCGAGCCGACUGGCUGGAGAAAGUCCGGCCACAGAAACGAGGAGACUUCCGCAAAGAGAUCAACCAAUGGUGGCACAGCUUGACUGAGGGUCAGAGGACGGUCACAGGGAUCAUUGCUGCUAACGCCGUGGUGUUCUGCUGUUGGCGGGUUCCGUCCCUGCAGCGCUUCAUGGUCAGAUACUUCACUGCCAACCCGGCCUCCAAGACGCUGUGCUCUCCGAUGCUCCUCUCCACCUUCAGCCACUUCUCCUUCUUCCACAUGGCGGCCAACAUGUACGUCCUGUGGAGCUUCUCCACCAGCGCCGUGUCCAUGUUGGGCCGGGAGCAGUUCAUGGCCGUCUACCUGUCUGCAGGUGUUCUCUCCACGUUUGUCAGUUAUGUUUGUAAGAUGGCCACGGGGAGGUUCGGCCCGUCUCUCGGAGCGUCCGGUGCCAUCAUGACCAUCCUGGCUGCUGUUUGCACCAAAAUCCCUGAAACCAAGCUGGCCAUCAUCUUCCUCCCCAUGUUCACCUUCACUGCUGCCAACGCUCUGAAGGCCAUCGUUGCCAUGGAUACCGCGGGUCUGGUGCUGGGAUGGAGGUUUUUCGACCACGCUGCUCAUUUAGGAGGAGCCAUGUUUGGGAUAUGGUACAUCCUGUUUGGUCACGAGUUGAUUUGGAAGAACCGAGAAGCGUUCGUCAAAAUCUGGCACGAGCUGAGAACCCGAGGAGGCGGCGGCCGAGGCGGCUCGGUGUAGGACCCAGAACCCGAGGACUGUGGGAAGCACAGAUUGUAAAGUUGUAUAAAAUGUACAGAAACGCAGAGCGGAGCGAUGGAAGAAAAGAAAUGACUGAUCAAGUUUCUGCUCCUGCUCUCGGUUCUUCCACUUCCUGUAGACACAGAUUCUUUGAUUAGAACCAAUCAUCAGCUAAAGAUCCAGUUUACCCAGAACAGCGGGUCCAGUUACACCAAAUCUAAUCUACGGAAACCACAGAGAUACUCAGUGAUUCAGGACUCUGACUGGUUUCAGGUCCACCAGG